AUGAUGCAAAAGAUUCACAAAGGUUUCUAUUGGGUGGGUGGAUUUGCUGCAUCUGUUGCUGGGAGGGGUGGAGCUGCUGCAGUUUCUGUUUCUGCGAAGGGUGGAACUAUUGUAAUUUCUACUGCUGGGAGGGGUGGAACUGCUGCUACUGGAAGGGGUGGAUCUGCUGCUAGAGGUGCUGGCAAGAGUGGCCCAACAAUUGCAAAUCUUCUGGACAAGAUUAGAGGCAAAUAA